UACAACUACUUAUCCAUAUAAAUUACAUUUAUUAGUUACUAAAACUCAUGAACAGUUUAUCACAGAAGAAAAACUACUUGUUUUAUUGCAUAAAGAUCAGAAAGUUUUGGAAGAAAACUUUGAGCUUUUAUCUAUGCAAGUAGCUUCUUUACCUGAAUUUAUUGAUAUUAAUAAAACAAAUCAAAUAACAAAUGAUCUUAGUCAGAUGAAUCAAGCAAUUAAAGAAUGUCACGAAAAAGCUCAAUUAUAUAAUAACAGAGAAUUUUUGUUCCAUCUACCAAGAACAGAUUAUUCAAAAAUACGUCAAUUACAGAGAGAGUUUGAUCCAUACCAUAAACUAUGGUUAUCAGUUUUGGAAUGGCAAAAGUUGUAUGAUAAAUGGAUGCAUAACAACAUAGAGGAUGUAGAUGCUGAAACUAUAGAAAAAACAGUAAUGGAAAUUUCUAGAGUUAUGCAGCAUUCUUGUAAAAUAUUUGGCAAUAUUCCUGGUAUUUUAAACGUAGCUACAAAAACAAAAAAAGAUAUUGAUAAUUUUAAGCAAUUCAUUUCAUUUAUUCAAAAUAUUUGUCAUCCUGGUUGGAAAGAAAAGUAUUGGGAACAGCUAUCUCAAGAAACCGGAAUUGAACUACAUCCAAAAUCAAUGGACUUAACUAUAGAAAAAUGUAUAGAACUUGGAUUACAUAAUUAUCAGCAUAAAAUAUUGAAAAUUGCAGAAGAAGCGAAGAAAGAACAUGCUAUUGAAAAGGCUUUAGAAAAAAUGAAAGAAGAGUGGCGACAUUUUACAUUUAAAUUUGCACAUUAUAAAGAUACUGAGUUAUCAAACAUUAUUAUUCCUGAUGACUGCAUACAGCUUUUAGAUGAUCAAAUAGCUAUGACAAAAACAAUUUAUACCACUUGCAAAGAAGAAUUUAUUGAGGUGCUAAAAAGUUGGGAGAAGACACUAAUUGCAUGUCAGUGUAGCUUAGAAGCAAUGAAUAAAUGUCAAAAUUCUUGGUUAACAUUAGAACCCAUAUUUAAUGCAAAAGACAUAACUGAAAAUCUGAAAAUGGAAAGCAAACAAUUUCUUUCUGUUAUUCGUAUCUGGAUUAAAGUUACUGAACAGUGUAAGGAUAAAAAAUAUGUUUUUGCUGUUUGUAGUGAUGAAAUAAUAAUGAAAUUAUUACAAGAUAGUAAUCACAUAUUGGAAUCCAUUCAGAAUGGCUUAAUUAAAUUUUUGGAAAGAAAACAACUUGCAUUUCCUCGUUUCUGUUUUCUUAGUUAUAAUGAACUGCUUCAAAUCUUAACUCUGGCACAUGAUUCUUUGGCUAUUCAAUUGUAUGUAAGAAAAUGUUUUGAAAAUAUAACACAGUUGAAAUUUGGUGAUAAUCUUGAAAUACAAGCUAUGUGCUCACAUGGAGAAGUUGUUGCUUUCAAAAAUAAGUUUUUUAUAACAGAAAAUGUUGAAGUUUGGUUUUCUAAUCUUGAAGAAAAUAUGAGAAACAGUCUUCAUCUUAUUAUUUUAGAUGCUAUAUCAGAUUAUAAAAAGAAACCUUACAAAGAAUGGGUUUUAUCAUGGCCUGGGCAAGUGGUCAUUAUUGUAUCACAGAUACUUUGGACAGCAAAAGUAGAAUCAGCAAUACAAAAAGGAACAGUCUUACAACUUUCUGAGAAUUUAUUAAAGGAUUUGAAUAGUUUACAAGAAUUAAUACAGGAAAAACUUUCAUUUAUUCAAUAUGAAAUUCUGUCAGCUCUCAUUAUUAUUAAAGUUUAUGCUAGAGAUGUUAUUAAAGAAAUUAUGGAUUCAGAAGUUAAAACUGUAGUUGAUUUUGAAUGGAUAAAACAAAUGAAAUAUUACCUAAUAAACAAACAGCUUAAAAUAAAAAUUAUGAAUGCUGAGUGUAAUUAUGAAUAUGAAUAUCUUGGGUAUAGUGGCAGAUUAGUUAUAACACCAUUAACUGACAGAUGCUACUUAACCUUCAUUAAUGCUUUAUUCUUUGGAUAUGAUGGGGCAGCUAUUGGUCCUACUGCAACUGGAAAAACAGAAACCAUAAGGUUUACUCUUAAAUACUUAUUCUUUAGCUCUGGUGCUUGGUCAUGUUUUGAUAACUUUAAUAGAAUCAAUGCUGAUGUAUUAUCUGUUAUUGCUCAACAAGUUUCACUAAUACAACAAGCAAAAAAACAAAAAUUAAUGCACUUUGUUUUCGAUGAUGAUGAUAUAUUAUUAAAGAAUUCCUGCUCCAUUUUUAUAACAAUGAAUCCUAACCAUAUAGGAAAAGCAGAAUUACCAAAUAAUCUAAAGAUGCUUUUUCGUCCAGCAGCAAUGAUGGUUCCUGACUUCACAUUAAUCACAGAAAUUUCUCUUUUUUCUUUUGGUUUUAAAUCUGCAGAUAUCUUGGCAAAUAAAAUUACAACCAUAUUUAAAAUAUCAUCAAAAAUUCUCUGUUUGCAGGGUCAUUAUGAUUUUGGAUUGAGAACAAUCAAAACUGUUCUUACUAUGGCAAAGAAAUUAAAAUUUGAAAAUCAAAAUGAAAUUGAAGAUCUAAUUAUUUUAAAGGCAGUAAAGAAUGUCUUAAACCCAAAAAUUUUAAAUGAAGAUUUAAAAUUGAUAGUUGAAAUAAUUUCUGAUGUUUUCCCUAACCAAAGGGAAACAGAAACUUAUGAUACGGAUUUAAAAAUUGCAAUCCAAGAAGCUUGUAAUCAGAUAAAAAUUGAUUGUACUCAAGAGGGUCAGCUAUAUGGAAAAUUUGAUUUAAAGACUUGUACUUGGACAGAUGGUGUUUUAUGCAAAUUAAUUCGUAAUGGUACAAGUACAGCAUGUAAUAAACAUAAAUGGUAUAUUUUUGAUGGUCCACUAGAUUCAUCUUGGGUAGAGAAUAUACACAGUGUUUUAGAUGAGAGUAAGAAAUUAUGUCUAACAAGUGGCGAAAUCAUAAAGCUAAAUGAUGAACAAAAAAUUAUUUUUGAAGUGGACAAUGUAUCUUCAGCUUCACCAGCGAUAAUUAGUCGAUGUGGUGCAGUUUAUUUAAGCUCCCAUUUAGUUGGAUUAGAAUCUGUUGUUGAAAGUUGGCUUAGUAAUCUUCCUACAUUGGUCCACUCUCAUAUAACAACUCUGCGUGAAAAUAUUAAUCUCUUUCUUUAUUCAUCUUUGAAAAUAACUAUAACUUCAAGAAAAUAUUUUCCCAGUUCAGAUAGAGAUUUAACAUGUAGCAUGCUAAAAAUUUUGGAAAGUCUGUUUUAUCCAUUGAUUCAAAAGACAGAAUCAAUAAAAAUGCCUGAAGUUGUGAAUGAAGUAAUAAAAUCUUUAAUUCAACCAUGGAUUAUAUUCUCAUUAAUUUGGAGUGUAGGGACAAUUUGUAGUGAAGAAGGAAAGGUUAUUUUUAGUCAUUGGUUGCGUGAAGAAAUGAAACAGAAUAAGAUUACACCAGAAAUUCCUUCUUCAGGAUUAGUUUUUGAUUAUACGAUUGAUGAUAAAAUAUUAAUGAAUGCAUUAAAAACAGAAUUUGUUCAUGAUAAACAAACAUUUUGUGAACAUAUAAUGAAAACUGAACAAAAAAUUAUUUUUGAAGUGGACAAUGUAUCUUCAGCUUCACCAGCGAUAAUUAGUCGAUGUGGUGCAGUUUAUUUAAGCUCCCAUUUAGUUGGAUUAGAAUCUGUUGUUGAAAGUUGGCUUAGUAAUCUUCCUACAUUGGUCCACUCUCAUAUAACAACUCUGCGUGAAAAUAUUAAUCUCUUUCUUUAUUCAUCUUUGAAAAUAACUAUAACUUCAAGAAAAUAUUUUCCCAGUUCAGAUAGAGAUUUAACAUGUAGCAUGCUAAAAAUUUUGGAAAGUCUGUUUUAUCCAUUGAUUCAAAAGACAGAAUCAAUAAAAAUGCCUGAAGUUGUGAAUGAAGUAAUAAAAUCUUUAAUUCAACCAUGGAUUAUAUUCUCAUUAAUUUGGAGUGUAGGGACAAUUUGUAGUGAAGAAGGAAAGGUUAUUUUUAGUCAUUGGUUGCGUGAAGAAAUGAAACAGAAUAAGAUUACACCAGAAAUUCCUUUUUCAGGAUUAGUUUUUGAUUAUACGAUUGAUGAUAAAAUAUUAAUGAAUGCAUUAAAAACAGAAUUUGUUCAUGAUAAACAUAAAAGACAAGUACGUUGGAUUUCCUGGUUAUCAACUACUACUGUUCAUUCAGUUUCUGAAAUUGAAAAAAUUUAUAGUAUAAUGAUUACUACAAAAGAGACAAUUCAGUUACAAAAUCUUAUUCAUAUAUUACUUCUUGCAAAUAAGAUGAUUCUUUGUGUUGGGCCAACAGGAACAGGAAAAACCACAGUAAUUCAAAAUACAUUGAUAAAAUCUUUACCACAAAAAUAUUUGUUUCAAUGUAUUUUAUUUUCUGCAUAUACAAACAUUACAAAUUUGCAAAGUUUAAUAGAAAGAAAGUUAGAGAAAAGAAAAAAAGGGGUUUUUGGACCAUCACAAGGAAAUAAAUUGAUUUUCUUUAUUGAUGAUUUACAUAUGUCUAUCCCAGACUCCAAUGGUGCACACCCUCCAAUAGAACUGCUUCGUCAGUGGGUAAAUUUUAAUGAUUGGUAUGAUGAUAACGUUUUAGAUGAAUUUUGCCAUAUUAUUGAUGCUAAUUUCAUUUGUGCCAUGAGUCUUUCUGCUGGUGAGCAGAAUCCCAUAUCAGCUCGAUUUACACGCCAGUUUAACAUACUUAUUUUUAAUGAAAUGGAUGAUUCAAGUAAAGCAUUUGUGUUUGGAACAAUAAUAAAUAAAUGGUUUGGUGACAGAAAAGAAUUUAAAGAUUUUGGAAAAAAGCUUAUUAACUCAACAAUAUUUUUAUACAAUGAAGUGUGCACUUUAUUCCUACCUGUUCCUUCUAAAACUCAUUACAUCUUUAAUUUAAGAGAUAUAUCAAGAGUUUUCCAGGGAAUGUCUAUAGCAAAUAUAAAAUAUAUUAAGGAUAUCACAUCAGUUUUGCGUCUCUGGAUCCAUGAAUGUUACCGUGUUUUUCUAGAUAGAUUAAAUAAUUUUGAAGAUUGUCAUCAAUUUGAAAAUAUAGCAUUAAAAAUAUUACAAACAGAGUUCUUUGAAAAUUUUUCUAAUUUCACAUUUGACAAACCUAUAUUAUUUGGAAAUUUUAUGAAUACAGCAGAUGAAGUAAAAAUAUAUGAAGAGAUUAAAGACAGAAAAAAGUUAAAGGAUGUUAUUAGUAGCUAUGUGGAGGAAUAUAACCAGACAUCUACAUCAACAAUUUUAGAAUUGAUUUUACAUGAAAAUGCUCUUAAUCAUUUAUGUCGUAUCUGUAGAAUUCUUUCUCAGCCACAAGGAAACUGUUUGCUUAUGGGAAUAAACUGUUCUGGACGACAAAGUUUAAGUCGACUGGCUACUUACAUAACUGGUUUUGAUUUUUUUCAUUUUGUAUUCUCAAAUCAAACUGAAUGGAAAGAAGAAGUGAAAAGUAUAAUUUUAAAUGCUGGAAUUAAACAUAAAAAUAUCGUGUUUUAUUUUAGUGAUGAUGAGGUUGUUUCUGAAGAAUUUAUGGAUAUUAUAUGUAAUUUACUUAGUUCUAAUAAUAUAUUGAAUCUAAUGGAAGAAAAAGAUCUAAAUGAAAUUUGCUUUUCAUUAAGGCCAGUUUUAAUGGAAAAUAAAAUACCAUUUUCAAAGUCUAAUUUUUAUUCUUCUUUUAUAUCACGUAUCAGUAAUUGUCUUCAUACUAUAAUAACCUUGAGAUAUGAAGAAAAAUUUCAAAAUAGAUUAAGACAGUUUCCAGCUUUAAUUAAGUGUUGUGCUAUAGAUUGGUUUCUCGAGUGGCCACCAGAAGCACUGAAAGAAAUUGCAUCUUCUAUAAUAUAUGAUAAUCCUGACAUAAUCGAGAAUAAAAAUUUAAUUCCAAAUUUGAUUGAAGUUUGUUCUGAUUUACAUCAGACAUGUACUCAUUUUUCUCAUAAAUAUUUCCAAAAAAUGCUUUACACUGUUUAUAUUACUCCAAAUAAAUACAUUAUGUUUUUAAAAACAUUUAUUCAUCUUUUGAACGACAAAAGAAAAGAAUUAAAUUUUGAAAUCAAUCACAUGAAAAUAGGAUUAGCUAAGUUAUCAUUAUCAGAAAAAAAAUUGUCUGAAACAGAAAAAGCAUUAGAAUUCAAGCAACAACAAUUUAUUGAAGUUGAGAAAAAUUUAGAAAGAUUAAAUGAACAAAUUAUUUCAGAACAGAAAAUAGUAGAAGAAAUGAAACUCAAAAUUGAAAAAGAUGAUGAGGAAACUAAAGAAGAACAAGAGAAAACUCAGCUAUUGGCUGAUGAAAUUAAAAAGAAUUUAGAUUUGGCACAUUUAUCAACAGAUGCAGCUUUUACAAGUUUAAAAUCCAUAGAUAAAAAUGAUAUAAUUGAGUUAUAUGCUAUGACAAAACCUCCAGAAAUUAUAAUAAUUAUAAUAGAAGUAAUUUCUGUAAUGUUGGGAAUUAAGCCACAGAAAGUAGAAGUUCCAUCUGGUGAAAGCUUAUUUGAAUAUUGGGAAGCUAGUAGAUCACUUCUUCAAGAUCCUCAGCAGUUUAUAGAUGAUCUUUCUAAUUUUGACAAAGAUGAUAUUUCUGAAAAAAGCAUUAACAAAAUUACUCCAUACAUUGAUGGUCAAGAUUUUACACCCACAGCCAUAGCAAAGAUGUCAAAAACAUGUGCUAUUCUUUGCCAAUGGAUACUAGCUAUAUGUGAAUAUCAUAAUGCAGUUAAAGUUGUAACUUCUAAACAAGAAAUAUUGUCUAAAGCACAACAGAGUUUAGCAUCAAAAGUAUCAAAUUUAAAUAUUUUUAAAGCAAAUUUCAAAGAAGUGCAAGACAACUUGAUUCAUUUACAGCAACAGUUUCAGGAAGGUACUAAAGCAAAAAUGCAACUUGAUAAUGAAAUUAGUCACACUCAAUUAAAAUUAAGUAGAGGAAAUAAAAUAGUGGAGAAAUUAAGAGAUGAGAAAAAACAAUGGAAUGAAAAAAUAAAAAGAUAUGAAUAUAAAUUAAUGAACUUAACUGGAAAUAUGUUAAUAUCUUCAGGAUACAUUUCUUAUUUAGGGCCAUUUAUAAUGGAAUGUCGUAAAAAUAUUACUAAUAUUUGGAUGGAGAAAUUAGAAGAACAUAAUAUUCCAUACAAUAAAAGAAGUUUUAUUGAUUUGUUGGGAGAUUCCGUAAUGAUUCAAAAAUGGAAAAUUGCUGGUUUGCCAAAAGAUGAUUUUUAUGUGGAAAAUGCAAUUAUAUGUUAUAAUUCUCCAAGUUGGCCUUUAUUUAUCGAUCCACAAGGUCAAGCUAACAAAUGGAUAAAAACAAUAGAAUCAUCAAAUUUAGAAUGUAUAAAAUUGACUGAUAAAGAAUUCUUACAUAGUUUAGAUCAUGCGAUAAGAUUUGGAAAACCUUGUCUGCUUGAAAAUAUUGGCGAAAUAUUAGAUCCUUCUUUGGAUUCAUUAUUAUUAAAACAGGUUUUAAAGAGAAGAGAAAAUAUUAUUAAAUUUGGCAAUGAAAAAAUAAAUACAAUUUUAAGUACUGAAAAAGAUAUUGAUUCUACAAGAAAUCAAUAUAUGCCAGUUGUUUUAAGAGCUAAAAUAUUAUUUUUUGGAAUACUAGAUCUUGAAAGGUUAAAUCCAAUGUAUCAUUACUCCUUAGAAUGGUUUAUAGAAAUGUUUUUGUCAUCAAUUGCAAAAACAGAAUAUUCAGAAUAUAUUGAUCAACGAUGUAUACAAAUAAAUAAUCAUUUUACUUACAAUCUUUUUAUAAAUAUUUGUUGUUCGUUAUUUGAGAAGGAUAAAUUACUGUAUGCAUUUUUAUUAUCUCUCUCAUUAUGUAUGGAUGAAGAUUUGAUAGAUCAGAAGAAGUGGGAAUUUUUUCUAAAUGGUGGAUCAGAGCCAAUUGAAAUGGAAAAUCCUUCUCCAGGCUGGCUUCCUGAAAAUGUUUGGACAGAAAUUUGCACAUUGGCAAAAUUUCCAAAAUUUGAAAGUUUAUUAUCAGAUUUUUAUGAAAAUAAUAGCCAUUUUAGAAAGAUUUAUUAUUCUGAUCAUCCAGAAAGUGAGGUUCUACCUAUAAAAUGGGAAGAAGAAUUGGAUGAUUUUGAAAGAUUAUUGUUAUUAAGAUGCAUCAGAAUAGAUUGUUUAGGUUUAGCCAUGAAGAAAUUUGUUAGUAACAAAUUAGGUGAAAAAUUCAUUAAAUUUCAAGUAUUCAACUUAGCUCGUCUUUAUGAUAAUUCUUCACCUAUUGUUCCACUUAUUUUAGUAUUAUCUCAUAAUGCUGAUCCUACAGAAGAAUUACAUGAACUAUAUAAAGAAAAGCAUACUUCUAAACGAUUAUAUUCAUUAUCAUUAGGACAAAAUCAAGGACAAAAAGCUGAAGCAUUAUUCAAAUCAGCCAUUGAAUUGGGAAAUUGGAUAUUUUUUCAAAAUUGCCAUUUAGCAUUAAAUUUGAUGUCUCAAUUACAGAAAUUAAUUGAAAGCAUAAAUCCUAAAGAAGUUCAUAAAGACUUUCGAUUAUGGCUUACAAGCAUGCCGAGUUCACAAUUUCCAAUUAAUUUACUUCAAAGAGGAUUAAAAAUGACUAUUGAAUCACCUUGUGGUUUACAAGCUAAUAUGCUGAAAAUUUAUAAAAAGUUUAAUGAUAAUUUUUUUGAACAUUGUAAAGAGAAGAGUCAUGUCUUUAAGCCAUUACUUCUGAGUCUCUGUCUGUUUCACAGUGUUAUUUUAGAAAGAUGUAAAUUUGGAUCUCUAGGAUUUAACAUUAAAUAUGAAUUUACUAUGAAUGAUCUUUUUAUAUGUAUAAAUCAAUUGGAAAUAGUUAUAAACAAAUAUAAACAAGUGCCAUUUAAGAUUUUAACAUAUAUGGUUGGAAAAAUAAAUUAUGGUGGUAAAGUUUCUGAUGAUUUAGACCAGCGAUGUAUUGAAACUUUAUUACAAGAUUAUUGUAGUCAAGAUGCAUUAAUAGCAAAUUAUUGUUUUACUGAAAAAGAAAUCAUUCAUCAGUUAUCAUCUGAAAGUACUUAUGAACAAUAUAUGGAUUAUAUCCAAAAUCUUCCCUUAAUUGAUUCACCAAAUCUAUUUGGUCUACAUGAAAAUGCAAGUAUUGUUGUUAACCAAAGUCAAAGUUAUCAGAUUUUAUCAAAACUAUCAUCUCUUCAGGCAAAAGCAACCUCAAAAGUUCAUGAAUUAAAAGAAAAGAUUGUUGAAAAUUCUGCUAAAGAGAUAUUAAAUUCUUUGCCAAAUCUAUUUUGUGAAAAAGAAGUAUCAGCAAUGUAUCCCUUAUCAUAUGAAGAAUCGUUAAAUUCUGUUUUAAUUCAAGAAGUUAUUAAAUAUAAUCAAUUAUUGUCAGUGAUACAUAAAUCUCUGACUGAACUUACAAAUGCUUUACAAGGGACAAUUCUUAUGAAUGAAACUAUAGAAGAUGUAGCCAACAGUAUCUAUCAUAAUUGUGUUCCAAAAAAUUGGUCUUCUAAGGCAUAUCCAUCUUUGAAGAAUUUAUCAUCUUGGGUUUCAGAUCUGUUAUUACGACUUAAAUUUUUCCAGAACUGGAUAGAUGAUGGUAUUCCAAAAAUAUUUUGGAUAAGUGGCUUUUAUUUCCCUGAGACUUUUCUUACAGCACUAUUACAGAAUUUUUCCAGAAAAUAUUCUGUAUCAAUUAAUUCUGCAAACUUUACUUUCAAAAUAUUAAAUCUGAGGUCAAGUAUAACAGAAUAUCCUUCAAAUGGUGGCUAUAUUCAUGGUUUAUUUCUUGAAGGAGCAAGAUGGAAUGGUGAAAUUCUCACUGAAUCCAGACCUAGAGAAUUAUAUAUUGAGAUGCCAGUUAUAUGGUUCAUUCCCAAAGCUAAAAAAGAUUUUGUUGCAACCAACAGAUAUUUAUGUCCUGUAUACAAAAUUUUAAAGCGUGAUGGUACAUUAUCAACUAUGGGUCAAUCAUCAAAUUUUUUGUUAUUUGUUGAAAUACCCACCCAAUUACCAGAAUAUCAUUGGAUCAAAAGGGGUGUUGCUUUAAUCUGUGCAUUGGAUCAUUGAUAAUUUUUUCAGUGUCAAUGAAUAUGGUGUUUUGUGUUGUUUAUUUUUC